AUGCCUUCGUCGACUCCGAUGCCGCCUAUACCCGACAUGCGCCCGCGCUUUCCCCCGCAGCUCGGCCCUCCGCCGGAGCUGUGGAGUCCGCCUCCGGAUCCGGAGAAACCGGCCUGCCCGUACCGGCCGGGCUUUUCCGUGGAAAUCAAGCGUCACAUUCCUCCGCCACCCUUUGGCGACCCCCACCACGGCCCGGGCGCGUGGCGGGAACGGAGCGACGUCGACCUGCACGAGGUGACCCAGACUCGGGUGGUCAUGGAAUAUCCUCCUCUCGAGCCCCCACCCACGUCGCCGUCGCCGCCCGCCCCUACCGUCCUCGCCGCCAAGCUUACAAUCCUAAGCGCCUUGGCUGUUGAAGACGGCCGGGGCCCGCAGCUGGUAGUUUGCUCUGUGACUCCGCACGCGAGCCCUAGCCCUGGCCAAAGUGAGCCGCCGGCCCCGUACCAAGCCGUUGCUAAGAUAUUCGAUCCUCUCUACUAUUCCUUCGAGAACCGAGUGGCCGCGCACAUGCCCGUCCUUGUCGCUUGGAAGGCCGAUGUCCACUAUACACACGAAGCCGCUGCGCUAGAUCACCUCGCCAAGAGGGCCCAAACCGAUGGCGACGCCGGACUGCUUGCCCCCAAGUACUUCGGCUCGUGGACCUUCACCCUGCCCAUUACCCACGCGGGACGCAAAAGACAGCGGGCUAUCCGCCUGGUGCUCAUGGAGAACAUCAAAGGCCCUAGCAUGCGGGCUGUGUGCCUGGCCCCGUCCGCGCUCGCGUCCUACACGGAGCAGGAUCGCCUCGCCAUCUUCGCCGCCGUGCUGGACGGGGUUGCGCGGCAGGAGCACGCGGGCGUCGACCAGCGGGAUCUAGCCGCGCGUAAUGUCGUGCUGCGGACCGGCUCCCCGUCGCCGGCGGCGCGUAAUCCCGAACAGCCCCUACCGCAGCCCGUCAUCGUCGACUACAAUACUGCCGUGGUCUUCGAGCUCUCUCGCCAUGGCAAGCACCCGUCCCAGCUCCACGCGCUACCCCCCAACCCUAUGGAACUCUUCUGGCGCACGAGCCUUCCCGAUUUUCCGAGCUGGACGCCGGCGGCGUGGGAUGGUAACCCCAAGGCUCACCAGGAGUGGUUGAAGGCGCGCUUUGGGGGGGAGGGUCGCGUCACAGAGUUGGACGCUGGGUUCGAAGCGCUCAAGAAGGAACAUCUCAAGGUUCUGGAUGCAGCCGGAGACAGUCUGAGCGAGCGGCAACGGAAGAAGUUCUCGCAGGAACUAGACGACCUGAAAAGUCGCAGUUCGAGACGGUGGUGGCAGCUCUAUUAA